AUGAAUAAUAAUCAUAAUACAACCUUUAAAAAGUUACAACAAUCGAAUACUUAUAUACCAACUUCACCUACACCUUCUAUAUCAUCAUCACCACAAUUAAAUAAUAAUAAUGGUGAAAUGAUGAAAAAGAUUUGGAAGAGUUGUGGUAAAAAGGCUUUACUUAAAUUUAAACUUGUUGAAUUAAAAGAAGAACUUCGAAAGAAGAGUUUAACUUUGAAUGGAAACAAGGCUGAAAUUGUUGAAAGGCUUCAUGAAAAAUACAUGUCGGAAGAAUCUAAUAACACAAGUACAACUAAUAGUAUUGAUAAUAAUUCACCUGAAUCUUCAUCAUCAAAUUCAUCAUCUUCACCUGCUAUUAAAUCUUCACUUACAACAACUCCAAAUAGUAAUUCAUCUAUUAAUGAAAGAAAAUCAGCUUAUAUGAAAAGAAAUUCAAAUUCAGCUGCUGUUACUUUUGCACCAUUUUCAGCAAUGAAUAAUACUCAAUCUCCAAUAUCACCUCCUAAAAUAGAUAACACUCCUUCAAGAUUUUCAAGUGUUGGUUCGACGAAUAGUCCACCAUUAUCUUCUAAUAAGAAAGGAUCAUCUAUUUCUCUACCUCCACCUCCUACUUUAUCACAACUUCCAUCUUCACUUUAUAAUCCACCACUUUUUUAUAAUAAGGGAAAUAAUUAUCCUUAUCCAAAAUUACCUUCAUUACCACCCUAUCCACAAUAUGGUGUUCCAAAUUAUUCUUAUUAUCCAAUGUUUCAACCAACAAGUACAACUUCAAAUGCAUUAACACCUGCUACUACUUCUACUAUUACUAAUGGUGCUGCUAAUGGUACUACUACUAAUGGUACUACUAAUGGUACUACUAUUAAUACUACUAAUAAUAAUACAAAUCUUUUAAAAAAAAAGAAAAAAAAGGAAAAUGCAGCUUUAAAACCAGCUAAACAAAAAGAAGAAGUAGAUACAGAUGAAUUUUUAAGUUUAGAAGAAAUUGAAUGUUAUAAUUCUCAAAUUGAUUAUAAUUCAUCUUCAGAUGAAACAUUUACACAAAAGAGAAGUUUAAGUGAUACAGAAUUAUAUAUUGAAACAUUUGAGAAUGAAGCCUUAAAUAAUUUAUUAUAUUCUUCAACGCCACAUAAAAAGAAACAAAAACAAGAACAUGAAUUUUAUGAAGAUUUAUUUUAUGAUAGAAAUAAGGAUUUAGUUGAUCAAGAACAAGUUAUUGAAACAAAUCAAGAAGUAAUUACAAAUAAUAUUCAUAGUAAUGAUAUUGGUUUUAGAGUUAAAUGUAUUAUUGAUGGAAAUAUGAGUGAAGAAAAAGAUGUUUUUAUUAGAGAUGAUAAGAAAUGGGAAGAUGUUGUUAAUCAUUUACUUAAUGAUUAUAGAUCUUUUUAUAAUUAUUUUAAUUUCGAGUUUAUUCCAAAUGAUUUUAAUGCAAUUUUACAUUCAAAAUGUGAAGAUGUUCAUUUAUUAUCAAAUUCAACCAUUCAAUCAAGUUCACUUUCAAAUAGAGAUUCAAUUACAAUUAAUUUAAGAGUUGUUGAUCAUUCAUGUCAAUUCGAUUUACAAGUUGAUAGUAUCACUUCAUUAAAUUUACAUUCAUAUGAAGAUGAAGAAGAAGAAAAGGAAGAAAAAGAAGAUGGUUAUGAUCAAGAUGAUGAAGAUGAUGAUGAUGAAGAAGAAGAGGAAGAAGAAGAAUCAACUCUUACUCAUCCUGAUCUUCAUGAAGAAGAACAAGUCAUUCAAGAUGAUCUCUAUGACCAACAAGUAUUGUUAAAUUUGAUUGAAUCUAUUUAGUUACCUUAAGUUAAAAACAAUUUUGAUAAAACGAGUUUUUAGUUUUU